AUGCCCAAAUAUGCUAAAUUCAUGAAGAGCAUGCUCACAAAUAAAAAUAAAUACACAGAUGAAAAGACGGUGCUUCUUGAUGCCCAGUGCAGUGCCGUAAUCCAAAGAACUACUCCAAGAAAGGAAUCUGAUCCAAGACGAGUCACCUUGCCAUUAAACAAUGGAGGUAACUUCACUGGUGAUGGGUUGAUUGAUCUGGGUUCUAGCAUCAACUUAAUCCCUUUAUCCAUUGUCAAGAAACUAUGGAAUAUUGUGAUGAAGCCUACUAGGAUGACAUUACAAUUAGCCGACAAGUCUAUCACUUCACCAUAUGGAGUGGUUCAAGAUUUGUUAGUAAAAGUAGAUAAGUUCUUCUUCCCAGUGGAUUUUGUGGUAGUUGACAUGGAAGAAGAUCAUGAGAUGCAACCAGCCAAGAGAGGUCGCACAAAGACCACAAGUCACGGUCCUCGGGGUGCCCAUGCUCGUGAGACCAACGCCAAAUGA